AUGGAGCCGUCACUUCCAUUUCCCUCAGCCUGUCUCUCACUCUGGCACCGGGGAACGCGUUCAUUUCCCCACCUGAAUGCCAAUCAUGAAGAAGCCGUUCCGGCUUCUAGCAAAUACGUGAUAAUCGGCUCUGGAAUCUCCGGCGCCUUGACAGCCUGGAAACUGAUCGAGGACGGCGUCAAUGGCCAAGAUAUUCUGAUCCUCGAAGCUCGAGAAGCCGUAUCUGGCGCUAGUGGAAGGAACGCUGGACAUAUUCGACCAGAUGCAUUUCGAGGCUUUCUGCAUUAUUCUUCUCUCCAUGGCCCAGAACAAGCCCAAAAAAUUCUUGAAAACGAGCAGGCCGUGCUGAGAAAUAUCCGCCAAUUUGUCAAGGAGCAUGACAUCAACAACGACUUCACUGAUCUGACCACGUUCGAGACCUGUCUUACACAAGACGCUGCAGAUUACACAGCUAAAGCCUUCAUCGCAUACAAAGCUGCCGGCGGCGAUGUCUCACAAGUUCAAGUACACGAAGGGGACGAAGCAAGAGCUAAGACUCGUGUUCCGACUGCCAUCAGCGCAUACGAAUGGCCUGCAGCAUCCAACAACCCGGCCAAGCUAGUACAAUGGAUCUUGGCUGAUUUCAUUUCGAAGGGUGGUCAGCUGUGGACGCAUUGUCCAGCUACGAAGAUAACAAAGUAUGCGGGUUCAACCCCAAGUGCAAGAUGGAAUAUUCAUACGCCACGCGGCACAGUCGCAGCUGAAACAGUCAUUCACUGCACGAAUGCAUAUGCUGCUUUCCUUUUACCCAACCUGUCGGAUUUCAUCACGCCCCGUCGCUCACAAGUCAACUCGUUCAUCCCGUGCCAGUCAUUAUCAGGGGCCGAGACCCUGAAGAAAACAAUGGCACUUCGAUAUAGUUCGAGCCAUUUCUUCUCGGUUAACCCUCUGCGCGAUGGGACGAUCAAUUUCGGGGGUUCGGGGACGAGAGAUGGGUCUGAUACCGAGGUAGAGAAUUGGAAGGCGCUGCUUACAUUCGAUGAUAGGUGCUUUCACAGCACGCUCGUGAAGAACAGCCAGGUUGAAUUUGAGAAUCUCGCUUCUGCGUCUAUUAAUGACCCGUUGAGGCUUGGAGAGGGCUUUGAUUAUGCUUGGACUGGGAUUCAGGGGAUCACACCUGAUAAUGUGCCUUUGGUUGGGCCCGUUGGGGGCUUAGAGGGGCAGUGGAUUUGUGCUGGAUUUAAUGGACAUGGUGAGUUGGCCAUUUUUUAA